AUGAACGGAAGAAUAUUAACAUCAUCGGCCUCUUCUGUUGCUGCUUCUGCUUCAUCGAGUGGUGGAGGAUCUGCUUCUUCCGUGAUGAUAACAAAUCAUGAGGAAUUAUAUUCGACUUUUUGUUGUGAUAUUUACGAUUUUUCUGAUGAUCAAUUAGUGAAUAAUAAUAGAUCCGAUCGAGGCGAGAGUAAAAACACAUCAUUACAGAACACUAGAACAAUUGUAACAACACCCUUCACGUUGAGAUGUCUUCCAUUGGAGGUUAUUUCUCUUGGUGAUUUGAUAGAGUUUCCUUCUUCCUGA